AUGAGGUUUCUCGACAAGAUCUAUAGCUUGGUCUCCAACGAUCUGGCCAUUGAUCUGGGCACUGCGAACACGCUGAUCUAUAUCAAGAACGAGGGCGUGGUGUGUAACGAACCCUCCGUGGUCGCGGUGCAGAAAAACGGACGCGGCGAGAAAAGGAUUUUGUCCGUCGGCACCGCGGCGAAAAGGAUGCUGGGGCGCACGCCUGGCAGCAUCGUCGCCAUUCGACCGUUGAGGGAUGGCGUCAUCGCGGAUUUCGAGACCACCGAGGCCAUGCUCGACUAUUUCAUCAAGCAGGUGCACCACCGUCGCUCGCUGGUGCGUCCGAGGGUGAUCGUCGGGGUUCCCUUCGGCAUCACCGAGGUCGAGAAGCGGGCCGUUCGGGAAUCCACGGAAUCGGCGGGAGCCCGAGAGGUCUACCUCAUCGAGCAACCCAUGGCCGCGGCCAUCGGGUCGGGGCUGCCCAUCACCGAACCCACCGGGAACAUGAUCGUGGACAUCGGCGGGGGGACGACCGAGGUGGCGGUGAUCUCCCUGGCGGGUAUCGUAUACUCGAAGUCGAUCCGGGUGGGAGGCGACAAGCAGGACGAAGCCAUCGUUCAGUUCAUCAAGCGACGCCACAAUCUGAUGAUCGGAGAGCGAACGGCGGAGUUGAUCAAGAUAACCAUCGGCUCGGCCUAUCCCGGCGAAGAAAUCCGUACCAUGGAGAUCAAGGGACGGGAUCUGGUGGCGGGCGUACCCAAGACCGUGUUGAUUUCCGAUGAAGAGAUCCGCGAUUGCCUGCUGGAGCCCAUCAACCAGAUCCUGGACGCCGUCCGCGUUUCUCUGGAGCGUACGCCUCCGGAGUUGGCUUCGGACAUCGUUGACAGAGGUAUCGUUCUGGCCGGCGGAGGGUCGUUGCUCAGGAACCUGGACUCGCUGAUCAGCGAAGAGACCGGGCUUCCGGUGACCCUCGCAGCCGAUCCCCUGACCUCGGUGGUCCUGGGGGCCGGCAAGGCGCUGGACGAGAUCGACCUGCUCAAGGAUGUGACGAUCAACUGA